UUGUCAUUUACCGAACAACGCUUAAAAAACCCAAAUUUGUAGUUUGUAAUAUUGUGGGAAAAUUUUUGAAAUUAGUUUCUCAAACGGAGGCUUCCGAUGGCUGCCAUGCAGAAGAAGGUCAUCGUGGUGGAUUCAAAGAGUUACUUCGAUAAGCUCAUCGAUGAUGCGGGAGCCACCCAACACGUGCUCGUCGAGUUCUAUGCCAGCUGGUGUGGUCCUUGCGCGAUGAUUGGUCCUCGUUUAGAGCAACUGGCACUGGACUACUUCGGACGGAUGCUGGUGCUCAAGAUCGACGUGGAUCUGAACGAGGAUCUGGCCGUUCAGUACGAGGUCAACAGCAUGCCCACAUUCCUGAUCAUCAAAAACCGAGUGACACUGAUCCAGUUCGUGGGCAGCAAUGUCGAUAGGGUCGUCAGCACGGUGGAGAAGUUUGUGGGCAAGGUGGAGGACUCCAAGGAGCACAAGUCGAAAGAUAUGCCGGUGUUGGAACGGGAAAAGCUUUAAAUCUUUGGUGGUCUUUUAGUCUGUUCAUCAGCAUGCAGCAAUGAUCCAAAUUAAAGUGUGUGGAAAAGUGUG